AUGAUCCCAGCAUGUUUCGGCCAGCCCAACACACCCACAAGCAGCUCUCAAGUGCCCCAAAACCUCAUAACCUGCAUAUACCAAACUCAGCUUUGCAACUCUCCCACAUAUCUCACUCUCACCUGGUCCAAAACCUUCUUCUCUCACUCCCUCACCAUCCAUGCCUCUGACUCGUUCUCCUUCACCGUCUCCUUCAACCCAUCAACCUUCUCGUUCUUUCGAACCAGACCGGGCUCCAAAUCCAUCUCUCUAACCCACAGCAAACACAAAAGCAUCAAGCUCUACUGGGACUUCACCCGGGCUGACUUCACUCACAACUCCGCCGAGGCCGAGUCAUGCUUCUACAUCGCCAUUUCUUGCAAUGCAAGGCUUGAAUUCUUUCUUGGGGAUCUUCUGGACGAUUUGAUGGGGCGAUCAGGGUUAGUUCCGACUCACAAGCUCGGCAAACCAGCACUACUGUCAAGGCGGGAACAUGUGUUUGGACACAGGAAUUACAUAUCCAGAGCUCAGUUCUUGGGAUCCAAACACGAAAUUGGAAUAGAGUGUAGUAAAGGUACACUUCGACUAAAAGUAGACGGAAUAACAAGCCUAGUUGUCAAAAGGUUGGCUUGGAAAUUCAGAGGCAAUGAGAAGAUUUUUGUUGGCGGAGUAGAAUUUGAAUUUUAUUGGGAUGUCUUCAAUUGGGUUAAUAAUGAAGGUGGUAGUAAUGGGAACGGUCAUGGUGUGUUUGUAUUUCAAGUCGGCGAUGGUGGAGUGUGGCCGGAAAUGGUAGGUCCUGAAAAGAAGUUGAUGAGGAAGAGCUUGUCAAUGUCGACUGCUUCGACAACAGUGCCGUCAAUUGCCUCGCUGUCUCCAUCACCAUCGUGCUCGAGCGUGCUGCAAUGGGCAGAGGAAAGUAGUGAUGGGGGGAGGAGUUCAUGUUCUUCAUCAACUAGGUCAUGUGGUAGUAAUGGGGGGUUUUCUCUGUUGUUGUAUGCUUGGAAGAGGGAUUGA